UUGGAUAGCCAAAUGCAGCCAAUACUUUAUAUCAAAAUUCCCACAGUCUCACACAUUUCAUCAGGUCGUUAACAUGAACUGUCUCUCAGAUGAUUCAUCCGUCUGAUGUCUUCUGUUUCCUCUCUAGCUGGACGUUCUGAAGAGGAUCCGAGGACUUGACCCCCUCCACAUUGUCAGGUUCCUUGAUGACUUUGACUGCAAAGGGCAAACUUGUCUAGUUUUUGAAACGCUGGACAAGAGCCUUCACAAGCUGUUGAGGGAGAGACGUGGAGAACCUCUGUCACUUGGGGAAAUCAGACCCAUUACACAGCAGGUACGUGGAUUUGAUGAUUCCAUCACCAAACAAUGUCUACUGAUUUACAGAACAUAUCAAGCCAACAUAUAACCAACAUCUGAACAACCAGAUUCAAUCUUUGUUUCUUCUUCUGGUCCUGCAGCUGCUCUCAGCUCUCUGCACUCUGAAGACUGCUGGCAUCGUUCACAGAAACAUCAACCCACAUACUGUGAUGUUGAUGAAACAGGAAGACCAGCAGAACUUCACAGUGAAACUUACUAGUUUCAACUCAGCCAUCCCAGUUGGUGAAGUGAAGAGCAGCUCCGUCAAGCAGCUUGUUGGAUACAGGUGUCCUGAUGUUCUUGUGGGUCUACCCAUCUCUGAGGCAGUGGAUAUGUGGUCAGUGGGUGCUGUUCUGUCCACCUUGUUCCUCGGCAGCCCGCUGUUCCCUCAGAGGUGUCAGUAUCACCUGAUGAAGAUUUUGGUGGAGACUCUGGCUAACCCAGAGAAUGAGCUUCUGAGUGAAGGCCCCAACAACCAGCUCUACUUCAAGUCCACGGAGCACACAUGGACACUGAAGCUGGAUCCAGAUGUGGACAGUUAUGAGAUCAAACUGUUCGCAAGCCUCCUAAAGAAGAUGCUGCAUCUGAAUCCAGAGAGCCGAAUUUCACCAAGUGAGGCUCUGCAACACCCGUUUCUGUUCUACAGCAAGGAGGACAACAGCUCUCAGUAAGUGACGGCUGGAUGG